AUGCCAUCAUACUUCAUCAAGCAGCACAAAGCACUGGUCAGCAAAAAACAGCAUCACAAAGGUAGCAUGCAUACGUUUGCCACUGGACGCAGUUUAGCCAGCGAUGCCAUCAUACUUCAUCAAGCAGCACAAAGCACUGGUCAACAAAAAACAGCAUCACAAAGAGACAGAGAUCGUGCUGGAGUUGUUACAGACCUGAAGGUCUCGUUGAGAUCUGCGCAGCCUACUCUCUCCUCGCAUGUCAUUCUUUGUCACUGCUGUCCUUGCUUGAGCCUUGAUCAUUUCUGCAAGAGACAGAGAUCGUGCUGGAGUUGUUACAGACCUGAAGAAAUCCCUGUAGAAGCUCACGCAGAAAUGGGCCGAAAGGAGGGCAACUAUGAUUGGAAAAAGAGCACGGAUAACAUCCAGGAUGUGUUUGAAUUCAUGGAGGUGCUCGGAUCAGCGAUCCCUGUCCCUGAAGACAGAUACUGUGAGAACAGCACAAGCCCAGAGAAUCUGCUCUACUACAGCCCUGAUGAAAACUCCAAGAUCAUGAUCAGUGAUUUUGGCCUGUCUAAGUUGGAGGAUAAUGGCAUCAUGUCCACGGCCUGCGGGACUCCAGGAUAUGUCGCCCCUGAAGUAUUGGCCCAGAAACCUUACAGCAAAGCCGUUGACUGCUGGUCUAUUGGAGUCAUCACCUACAUCCUUCUCUGUGGAUAUCCUCCUUUCUAUGAAGAAACCGAGACUCGUCUGUUUUCCAAAAUCAUGAAGGCGCAGUAUGAGUUUGACUCGCCCUUCUGGGAUGAUAUCUCUGAGUCUGCAAAGGACUUCAUCCGCAACAUGAUGCAGAAGAAUCCUAAAAUGCGUUAUGACACAGAACAGGCUCUCAGACACCCCUGGAUUAUAGGAAAGACGGCCCGGAGUCAGGACAUCUACCACUCCGUCAGCGAGCAGAUCCAGAAGAACUUUGCCAAGUCCAAGUGGAAGCAAGCCUUCAACGCUACAGUGGCCAUUCACCACAUGAAGAAACUUCAGCUGGCCCACUCUGAGGCCUGUCUCCGUCUGAAACAGACUCCUGUGCCUGAGAUCAAGGUCAUCGCAACAUCCACACCUGAAUCCGUGCGCAAGAAGCUGUUCGCUGAGACCCCAGAACCAAACGGCAACAUUCCCAGCAAUCAGAUGAGCGUGCCCUCCGGCUCCACCGAGUCAAAGAGUCAGUAUCACCCGGUCCGGGUCAGUCACAGCGAGACCACCCAUGUCGGGACCCUCACCAUUGCAGAGAAGAGCAAACAUGUGUAUCACUCGCAGCCAGCGGACCUAAAUGGGUACGCAAAAAGAAGCUCCAAUCGUAACGGGCAGAACCUGCAGACUGGCGUUUGCUCUGUCAUGUGAUUGGCUGCUUUGGCAUUGCAUGAUUUUGACAGAUCUGUGACCUUUCACUCAGCCCCUGGCUGCUUUCUGUGGGCAGGUUCUGCUGCUCUGUCCUGCUCAAGAGUGUUGGCAAAACAGCUGGCCACCGGCCCGCACUGUUCUGAAAUAUUGAAGUUUAGGGGAGUGCCUCCAAACCAGCAAACACACACACACAUGCAGAGAACAAAUCCAGCCUGUCACACACUUGCAAAUGACACAGUAUCCCUGUAAAAGCAGAAACAUUACAUGUUAGGUGCUGAACCUCAGACUUUGUAUUUUCCCUUGAGGAAACGGAUUUGCAUUAUCAAGGUCAAUUAAUCUCUUUGUAUUCAAACAUCUGGAGCAGGGGUCCGUGUUAUUGGACACUUGUGUAAGGAGUAUUGAGAGUUUUGUACAUAUACCAUGUGAUGCAUGGCUAGUUUGUAAUGUGCAAUAAUGUGUACUGUAGUAAUUCACAUGUGUAAAACACUUUUGCUUCACUGUAAACUGUAAUUAUUAUAGAUUAUGUAAGAAAUAAGAUUCCAGCUUUUCUUUAUUUUUUCAAUAGUUGCUGUUUUUUUGGUAAUUUAACUAGAGUGAAUGAUUAUUUUUCUAAUGCAGAAAUUGUUAUUGUAUGUUUAUUCAUUAUAUAUUUUUGUCAUAAUAAAACAGAUAAAAUUAUUUAACGCCUUUUCCCAC